GAGCAGCAGGACCCCCCCAUUGUGACACGCAGGGUUCACCCAGGUACAAAAGUAACAAAUGCCGUUUUCCCGCAGGUAGGAGAAAGGUCGCUGGGGGCAGGUUUAACUGGAUUUCUCUGCACAUAACAUUGAACUUGAAGUCAGACCAGUGAGAAACCUGACUCUGUAGAUACAAACACUCCCCCCGCCGCCGGGUUGGGCUCUUCCUGAUCUCGGAGACACCCGGGGCACAGGGAGGGGGGCGGAUUGGCACCGGGCAGCAGCGCAACAUGGCGAAGGGCAGGCAAGUGAGUGGGCCGGGCUCAUCGGCCGAGUAUAAGCACCUUGUGGACACCGAUGAGGAAGAGGAAGAUGAGACAAUCUGGAGGAAGGAAACAGAAAGGCCGUGCUCCUUCCCUCCCCAUAAGACAUUGGCCAUAAUUUGCUUCAUGGUGGUGGUCCUGUGCUUCCUUGUGGCCGGUUUGGCCUAUCUGUCUGGAAACUCGGCGUGCACUCUGGCCGAUGUGGAAAUAUCAUGUGGGAAAGUGCGCGGGAAGCACUGCGGCAAAGUGUACAACUUUAAGGGGAUUCCCUACGCCAGUCCCCCUACUGGCAGUUUGCGUUGGAGGCCGCCCAAGGAACCCACCUGCUGGAAUAACACUCUGGACGCCAUUGAGUUCAAGUCAAUGUGCGCCCAAGUGCGGCCCUUGAGCAAAGACGGCAAAGCAAUGGGCUCGGAAGACUGUUUGUACGUGAAUGUCUGGACGACGUCAAUUGACCAUGAUUCCAAGCUGCCAGUGAUGGUCUGGAUCCACGGGGGUUACCUGCAUAUGCUGAGUGGGUCAGAACCAGGGUACGGCCCAACCUCAGAUUUAGCAGAACACGGGCCGGCCGUUCAUGUCAGCUUCAACUAUCGACUGAAUGCCUUUGGGUUUAUGGCUUUGCAUCUGCUGAGAGAGGGAUCUCCCACCAACACCUCUGGCAAUUAUGGAUUCAUGGACCAAGUGGCUGCUUUGCGCUGGGUGAAGAAAAACAUCAUGAAGUUUGGCGGUGACCCUGACAAGGUGACAAUCUAUGGCCAAAGCUCAGGAGGCACCUCUGUUUGGGCGAUGAUGGUGUCACCUCUAGCCAAAGGUCUCUUCCAUCGUGCCAUUGAUAUAAGUGGCUCAGCAGUGUUCACAGCUUCCAUGGAUGAUGCUGAGAAGGACAACCUCGCCUUCCUGGACCAGACAGGCUGCAAUGACGCUGAGUGCCUGCGCAAGCUGAGCAUGGACAAAAUCCUUCAGUCCAUUCCUUGGCAGGGGUACCCUGACUGGGCAGCCGAGGACCUUUGUGAACUUCCGCAGAAAGGCAAACUAAUUGGGCCAGUGGCUAUAGUGGACGGGUACGUGGUGCCGGCUCCGCCCCUUGAAGUAUGGAAGAACAAGCUAGAAGGCUACAGUGACGUGCCGUUUGUGAUCGGUACCACCUUACAAGAAACAGAUUUUGCCCCACCAUAUGCCAAUCUUUCACAAUGGUCAGAAGAGGACUACCAGUGGUUUGUGAAAGUUCAUCUGGACACCUUUGGGGGAAGCCUGACCAAAGAUGCGCUCUCCUUGUAUCCUACUUCAGAGUACUGUACCCAACCCCACCGCUGCAUAGAAAAGGCUUUCACAACCAUGGUCUCGGAUGUACGAGAAACGUGUCCUAAAAACGAGGUGGCGGAGCAGGCUGCAGGUUCCCUCACUAGUCCGGUUUAUCGGUAUGUUGUCACCUACAUCCCAUCGGGCCCGGCACAGCCCAGCGACCUCCUGCCUUAUCCCAGUCGCUUUGCCUUUCAUAUGCUGGACACAUUAGGGUUUUUUGGAACUCUAGACUUGGCAUUAGGGACGACGACAGCGGACGACCGCACGUUCCAGAGGCUGAUGAGGAAAUACUUCCUCCAUUUCGCAGCAGAAGGAAAAAUGCCAGACGAUUGGCCCCAGUAUCCCAACAAAACAGCAUUACUAUCUACAACCCUCAGUGCCGAAAGUGACUAUCGUUCCAAGCAGUGCUCCCUAUGGCAGAACAAUGGUAUGUUCCAAUACGCCUGGACCAACUAGGACAGAACAGUAACCGUCUAAAUUCAUCAAAUACUCGUCUUUGGGUGCAUUUGCUUCUUCUUUCUUGGACUUUUAUUGCCCCUUGUGAUGUUUUUUUUAAAUACAAAGGCCAGGAACCAUAACUGUAAUGGAGAAAAAACAUUAACCUCUGGCCUUGAUUUAUUUUUUUUACCAAAGCUAUUAGAAUUCCAAAGAUACAUUACACUUGCUGAGGUUUUUACAACCUAAUCUCGAAUUAAAAAAAACCAAGCUGGAAA